AUGGUAAACACAAUUGGCUGGACCAUCCCUCAAUGGACCCAAUAUACAACUUCUACAGACCCUGCCGAGGUCCUUAAGACCAUCCAGGCGCUGGUCGCCUCUUUCCCUAAAGACGAUCCCGCCUGGAUCUCAAUUGCCUCGCCAGAUCUCAUCCAGCAACAAUUCGACGCUCUGAAAGACAAAUCGCUCCCAUUAUAUGCUGUCCCAAUUGCUGUCAAAGAUAACAUUGAUGCAGAAGGAUUUGAUACCACCGCUGCUUGCCCUGCCUUCUCCUACACACCGGAAAAAGAUGCUACCGUCGUCUCCCUGCUCCGUAAAGCUGGCGCCAUUGUUGUCGGUAAAACAAACCUUGACCAAUUUGCUACUGGCCUCGUCGGUACUCGCUCUCCCUACGGGAAAACCCCCUGCGUCUUUUCUGAUAAACACGUUUCCGGUGGCUCUUCUGCUGGCUCCGGAUCAGUGGUCGGUAGAGGCCUUGUCCCCAUCGCUUUCGGUACUGACACUGCUGGCUCGGGCCGUGUCCCCGCAGCUCUCAAUAACAUUGUUGGCCUUAAACCUACCCGUGGUGCUUUCUCUACCACCGGUGUUGUCCCCGCUUGCAGAUCCCUCGACUGCCCCUCUAUCUUCACCCUUAAUCUCCAGGACGCCCAGCUCGUCUUUGACCUUACUGCCAAGUUCGAUCCCACUGAUUCGUACUCUCGUCAACUCCCCAAUAAGCUCCUCACAUCUUUUGGCAAAUCCCCUGUCUUUGCUUACCCCUCAGAGCCAAAGUUCUACGACGAUAAGUACAACCCUGUCCUCUUCCAGCAGGCCCUGGAAGUCCUCAAGUCUACAGGUGUCAAUCUCGUCCCUACCGAUUUCGGUGUUCUCCACAAACUUGCAAACCUUCUCUACGAAGGCCCCUGGGUCGGCGAACGUUAUGCUGCCAUCCGUGAGUUUGUCACUUCUCGUAAAGACGAAAUGGACCCCGUUGUCUACGGAAUUGUCAAGAAGGCUGAAAACUUCACUGCCGCUGAUUGCUUCGACUUUGAAUACAAGCGUAUGGACAUUCUCCGUGAAAUUCAAGAGCAGUUUGACCAAUUUGAUGGCCUUGUGGUCCCUACCUGCCCCUUGAACCCUACCUUUGCCGAUCUCGAAGCUGAGCCCGUCCUCGUCAACUCUUACCAGGGUACUUAUACUAACUUUGUAAACUUGGCCGAUCUUUCGGCUCUUGCUAUCCCUGCCGGAUUCCGUCCUGAUGGCCUCCCCACUGGUAUCACUUUCAUCUCAAAGAAGUUCAAUGACUAUGCUCUUCUUGACCUUGCUAGCAAGUUUGAAAAGGCUAAUUCUGCCAAUAGAACUUUUGUCGGUGCUCUCAAGGAUGUCCCUGUUGCUCAAGGUGAUCUUCUCCACCAGGGAAUCCCUGUUACUUCCCCCGCUGUCAUUCCUCUUGUUGUUGUCGGUGGCCAUCUUUCUGGUAUGGCUCUCAACUGGCAACUCCAAAAGGUCAAUGCCACUCUUGUCCAAAAAACGAAAACUUCCCGCAAUUACCGCCUUUAUGCUCUCCCCAACACUACCCCUGCUAAGCCCGGUCUUCGCCGUAUCCUGCCCUCUGAUUCUCCUCUUGUUGGCGAGGAAAUCAUUGUCGAGGUCUGGAACGUCCCCGCGGAGGAAUUCGGCACAUUCAUCUCCAUGGUCCCUCACCCUCUUGGUAUUGGUAGCGUUGAACUCGCAGAUGGCCGCUGGGUUAAGGGUUUCAUUUGCGAGCAAGCUGGUUUCCACGACGCUGAAGACAUUACCAAGUUUGGCGGCUGGCGUGCUUACAUGGCUUCUAAGGUUGACCCCAAAACUAAACCCUUUGAGACUGUCCUUGUUGCCAACCACGGUGAGAUUGCUGUUCGUAUCAUUAAAACCUUAAAGAAACUUGGAAUUAAGGCUAUCGCCGUCUUUUCCGAACCUGACCGCUACACCCAACAUGUUCUUGACGCUGAUGAUGCUGUCUCUCUCGAGGGCACUACUGCCGCUGAAACAUACUUGAAUGUUAACAAAAUCAUCAAGGCUGCAAAGGAUACCGGCGCCCAAGGUAUCAUUCCUGGCUAUGGUUUCCUUUCGGAGAAUGCCGACUUUGCUGAGGCCUGCGAAAACAAUGGUAUCAUCUUUAUUGGUCCCUCAGCUGAUGCCAUCCGUGCCCUUGGUCUUAAGCACUCUGCUCGUGAGAUUGCUGAACGUGCCGGCGUCCCCAUGGUCCCUGGCUCCGGCCUCAUUGAUACUGUCGAGGAGGCUGUUGCUAUUGCCGAGCGUAUCAAGUACCCAGUCAUGGUCAAGUCCACUGCCGGUGGUGGUGGUAUUGGUCUCCAAUGUGUCCGUAACCCAGAGGACCUCCCCAAGGCCUUUGAGACUGUCAAGCACCAGGGUCUUUCUUACUUUAACGACUCUGGCGUCUUUAUUGAGCGUAACGUUGAAAAUGCCCGCCACGUCGAAGUCCAGGUCUUUGGCGAUGGCCGUGGUGGUGCUAUUGCCCUUGGUGAGCGUGACUGCUCUCUUCAGCGUCGUCACCAAAAGAUUGUUGAAGAGACUCCUGCUCCUAGACUUUCUGAUAAGACCCGUGCUGCUAUGCGUGAUGCCGCUCAAAGCCUUGUUUCUACCAUGAAAUACAAGUGUGCUGGUACUGUGGAGUUUAUCUACGAUGAAAAGAAUGAGGAGUUUUACUUCCUUGAGGUUAAUGCCCGUCUCCAGGUUGAACACACUAUCACUGAAGAGGUUACUGGCUUGGAUUUGGUUGAGUGGAUGCUCUACAUUGCUGCUGACCGUCCUCCUGCCUUCACCCCUGUUACUCCCAAGGGUGCUGCUAUUGAAGUCCGUAUCUACGCUGAAAACCCCGUCAAGGACUUUUUGCCCUCUCCUGGUCAGAUUACUGAUGUUACUUUCCCUGACUGGGCUCGUGUCGACACUUGGGUUGUCAAGGGUUCCAAGAUUUCCCCCGAGUACGAUCCUACCAUUGCCAAGAUGAUUGUUUAUGGCAAGGACCGUGAUGAAGCUAUCCAGAAAAUGUCCAAGGCUCUCGAUGAGACUGUAAUUUACGGGCCUGUCACUAACAUUGAUUACCUCCGUGCUAUUGUCAACUCUGAAAUGUUCAAGGAGGCUAAAGUUGCCACCAAGGUUUUGGACUCGUGGACUUACACUCCUGCUGCUAUUGAAAUCACUGCUCCUGGUUCCUACACAACUGUCCAGGACUAUCCUGGUCGUGUCAAGCUCUGGCACAUUGGUGUUCCUCCUUCUGGUCCCAUGGACUCUUAUGCUUUCCGUGCUGCAAACAAGAUUGUUGGUAACGACUCCAAGUCCCCUGCCAUUGAAUGCACUCUUGUUGGUCCCUCUCUUGUUUUCCACUGCGACACUGUCUUUGCUCUGACUGGUGGUCUUUCCCCUGCCACUCUCGAUGACAAGCCUGUUGAAUUCUGGAAACCUAUUUCUGUCAAGGCCGGCUCCAAACUCGUUGUUGGCAAGCUUUCCACUGGUUGCAGAUCUUACUUGGCUAUCCGUGGUGGUAUUGACGUUCCUGAGUACCUUGGCUCUCGUUCCACUUUUGCUCUUGGUACCAUGGGUGGUUUCAAUGGCCGUGUCAUCAAGUUUGGUGACGUCUUGUUCCUUGGUAACCCUGAAGUUUCUGGCUGCACUUUGCCUGCUCCUAUUGCUAAACCCAUGGAAAUCCCAACUUCUCUUGUUCCUGCUGUUCUCUCCACUCCUCCCGCUGCCCCUGGUCCUACCACUUGGAAUGUCGGUGUUACUGUUGGCCCCCACGGUGCUCCUGAUUUCUUUGCUCCUGAGUACAUUGAGACUUUCUUUUCUUCUGAAUGGAAGGUCCACUAUAACUCAAACAGAUUUGGUGUCAGACUUGUUGGUCCCAAACCCAAGUGGGCCCGUAAGGAUGGUGGCGAGGCUGGUCUCCACCCUUCCAAUGCUCACGACUAUGUCUACUCUCUCGGUGCCGUCAACUUUACUGGUGAUGAGCCCGUCAUUUUGACUUGCGACGGUCCUUCCCUUGGUGGUUUCGUUUGUGCUGCUGUUAUUGUCGAAGCUGAGAUGUGGAAGAUUGGCCAGGUCAAGCCUGGUGAUUUGAUCAAGUUUGUCCCCAUUACUUUUGAUGAUGCCAUUGCUCUUAAGAACUGGCAAGAUAAGGUUUUGGACUCGGUUACUGAUUCCUUUGUUGACGAGAAGCCUCUUGAGAUUGUUUCUGAGAAGCUUUCUACUGCUGUUGCCACUGCCAGCUCUGCUGAGCCCGUUCUCUUCCACCAGGCUGCCACUGCCUCUACUCCCAAGGUUGUUUACCGCCAGGCUGGUGACCGCUACAUUCUUGUUGAAUAUGGUGAGAACAUUAUGGACUUGAACCUGUCUUACCGUGUUUACAAGCUCACUGAGGCUGUCUUUGGCCACAAUACCAAGGGUGUUGUGGAAAUGUCUGCUGGUGUCCGCUCCGUUCUUAUUGAGUUUUCUGGUAAAGAGACUACCCAGGAGGAUCUUCUCAAGACUUUGAUUUCUUACGAGUCUAAGUUGGUUGCCACCGAAAACUGGCAAGUUCCUUCCCGUACCAUCCGUCUUCCCUUGGCUUUCGAGGAUAAAAAGACUUUGGGCGCUGUCGAGCGUUACAAGGAGACUAUCCGCAGCACUGCUCCCUGGCUCCCCAACAAUGUUGACUUCAUCAAGGAGGUCAACGGUCUUGAAGACCGUAAUGAGGUCCGCGACAUGCUCUACUCUGCCAAGUUCCUUGUUCUCGGACUUGGUGAUGUUUUCUUGGGUGCUCCUUGCGCUGUUCCUCUUGAUCCCCGUCAUAGACUUCUUGGUACUAAGUACAACCCUUCGCGUACUUACACUCCCAACGGUACUGUUGGUAUCGGUGGUAUGUACAUGUGUAUUUACACCAUGGAGUCUCCCGGUGGUUACCAGCUUGUGGGCCGCACCAUUCCUAUCUGGGACAAGCUGACUUUGGGUCAACAAGACAGACCCUGGCUGCUUUCCCAGUUUGACGUUGUUGAGUAUUUUGCUGUUUCUGAGGAAGAGCUUGAUGUUUUCUGCGAGCAGGUCGAGAAUGGUCAGUACCACAUUGAGAUUGAAGAUAGUGUUUUCGAUCAUGGCAAGUAUGUUGAAUGGCUUGAUGAGAACAAGGAGUCUAUCGCUGCCUUUGCUGAGCGCCAGCUGGAGGGCAAUGAGGAGAUUUCGCGACUCAUUCAGAUCUCCAAUGCUGAGCUCCAGGCUGCCCAAGAUGCUGGUUCUGCAGAAGAUGAUUCGAGCAAGUACUCUGAAAAUGCUGAGCUUGUUUACGCUGAGGUGACUGGUCGUUUCUGGAAGAAUAUGGUUGUUGUGGGCGACAAGGUCGAAAAGGGCCAAGGCUUGGUCAUCAUUGAGGCUAUGAAGACUGAGAUGGUUGUUCCAUCUUCGGCCUCUGGUACUGUUGUGAAGAUUGUCCACAAGAAUGGUGACAUUGUGGAGGCUGGCGAUUUGGUUGCUAUUGUCGAGCCUUAA